AUGCAGACUGCGACCUCCGACGCUUCGGGCGUCAAUGGGCCUACUACCGACUUAUUAAGCUUCGCCUUUGACGCCUUGCCUCUACCCGACGACGGCCUUCGGCCUCUCUACGUCGAUGCUGUUGACACUUCAUGCUCUCUCAACGCUCGCCAGUUCAGGCUGCUCGUACGGUCUUUGAUUGCCGGGCUCAAGGCGCAUAAUGUGCAGAAGGGGGACUGCGUGCUGGUCAACCUGGGCAACUGCGUCCUCUAUCCGGCUCUCUUCUUUGCUAUAAUCGGUGCAGGGGGGGUGUAUAUGGGCUCCAACCACCGAAAUCAGCCCCACGAGCUUGAACACAUCAUUAGCCUCGGAGAGCCUAAGCUGAUCGUUACCUCGCGCGAUGUUCUGCCCGUUGUUCUUGAUGUCUCCGCUGGUCGGGGAAUACGUCCCAGCCGGGUCUGUGUGUUGGAGUCCGUGUCGGAUCUUCUAGCUCGGUUUUUCCCAUCAAGCGCCCCGGAGAAGGAACCCUUGCAGCCAUUGCAGAACGGAGUAAGUGGGAUCGUGGCAGAGAAGGAACCUGGAGAGAAUCCUCUGGAAUUUGUGGAACUUCUGUGCCAUGGAGAGAGCGACUGGACCAGGUUCAACGACGAGGUUACCGCAAGGACGACCCCUGCGGCCCUGUAUACGACCAGCGGUACAGGCGGUCUUCCCAAAGCCGCAAUCCUGUCGCACAGCGCCAUCGUGUCACAGCAUCUCAGCUGCACCUACAGUGUUCCAUAUCAGGUCACUCGACUCAUGUCAUUGCCCAUGUUCCAUCUCUUUGGUGCGCUUUUCGCACAUAUCUCUCCGAUCCGAUAUGGGCAUCCGUUGUAUGUGCUAUCCCGGUUUGACAUCGAGGCUUUCGCCCGAUGCGUGUCUCGAUACCAGAUCUCCGAAACCUACAUGGUUCCUGCUAUGAUCCAUACAUAUAACCGCUACAGCGUCUCUGCCUCCUUUCCCGUGAAGGAGCAUUUCUCGUCUCUACGCUAUGUCGCUGUGGCCGGUGCCCCGAUCGAUGCGGAUGCCAUGCAGCAGUUCCGUGCCCUCCUCGAACAGGACGCCAGCGCGUGUCAACUCUGGGGUAUGACAGAGGCAGGGAUCGCUUUCCAGUGCCGGUACCCAGAACAGGGCCAUUUUGGGUCCAUCGGAAGGGUCACGCCGGGGUACGAGGUGUGUCUCGUUGACAGCCAGGGCAGGCAUGUUGCCAGUGAAGACGUUGUUGGAGAGCUUCAUGUGCGUGGGCCCGGCUUGCUCCUCGGAUACAAGGGGCGAGACGACGCCAAAGACCAGCAUGGCUGGUUCAGGACAGGGGACGUCGCAUAUGUCCGGGACGGAUAUUAUUAUAUCGUUGGACGGACGAAGGAGCUAAUCAAAGUUCGAGGCUGGCAAGUACCCCCUGCAGAACUCGAAAGCGUCCUCCUUACCCACCCCUUCAUCGAAGAUGCCGCUGUAAUAGGCGUAACCUCUCGCGACGGCACCAGCGAAGUGCCCCGAGCCUUCGUCGUCCGUGCUAAAACACCGCAAGCCCAAAAGCUCACCGCGGAGGAAGUAUACAACUUCUCCCGCAGCCGACUAGCAAGCUACAAAGCCCUCGACGGCGGGGUGAUCUUCGUUGAAGAAAUCCCACGCACAGCAAGCGGCAAAAUCCAACGCUUCAAGCUCUCACAGAUGAACUCGUAUCGGGAAAUAAUGGCCUCACUCCUUAAUCGUUUCGAAGGUGCGAACAGCUUCAUCACUGCUACAUCCGCUGCGUCUGUUCAGAAUGUUAAUCAUAAUAACGGUGGUACUAGUGAUGAUCAUGAGCACACUGCGAGGCAUCGUCCGCGCCCUGUCCAUAUUUGGGUUUAG